GCCACGUUUAUCAUUAAUAAUUGAAUUGAAUAAAUCCCUACCUACCAACCUUAAUAGCUAGGGAUCCGAGCGAUUGAUCGAAGAUGGAUGAUGAUGAUGAGCAUAGCCCGGUGCACGCAAGGUCGGAUUUACCUCUCCCCGGCGGCGGUGUGGUGGGGGUGGAAACCCGCAUACGUAUGAAGCAAACACUGAAGAAUUCAAGCUGUUUGAAUCUCGCACUUCGCAGCCGGGGAUUACGCGCGUAAAGGCUUACGUGGCCAAAGGCACGAUUGGCCGCAAACCCGGCUUAACGGUGUACAAAGCUACUGUGGUUGAAACCACAAUCAAAGAGUUGACUUUAGGAAGAAGCCACGGAACAAUGGUGUGGAAUGAGCCGCUUGCUGUCAAGGUGGCUGAUAAUCCACACUCCAUCUCAAUGCUCAGGAAUGAAGUCAGAAGAAGCUGCGGCGUCAAAAGCCGGCACCCCAAUUUGUUAGGGAUCCGGGAUGAUUCGCUUGUCCGCGCCGCUUUUCAUGAGGCCGGGAAGAACUCCAAGUACUUCGCUGCUGUCCUGAUGCCCGACUGUGGCUCUGUUAGGAACAUCAUGAGAAAACGCGGCGGCGGGUUUCAGGGCCGGGAGGAUCUCAUUCUCUGUGUGCUCAGAUCAAUUCUGAAUGCUCUUGACUUCCUUCAUCAGCAGCACAUCCCGCACGGAGAUAUCACCGCCGGCCACGUUUAUCUCACAUCCCCUCGCCGCUUCCACACUUGCUCUCCCCUCAAGUUGGGUUUUGCUGCCACCCUUUACCACGAGGACGAAACCGCCCCCGGGACAACCUGCUCUGCUUCAUUACCCAUGUCUUCCAUCUCCCAGUGGGCUGCUGCACCAGAAGUCGCAGUGGCCUCCCAUAAUAGUGAUUAUAAGCACUUGUAUUCUGAAGAAAAGGCUGACAUUUGGCUGGUGGGAAUCACUGCCUUGGAAUUGGCCUAUGGCGGCCUCCAACUCCCAAACCGGAAUGCUCUGGAGGCCAUGCUUAAGGACAUACUCCACAACAACAAACUCCCCGCACCUGCUACCAACCGCAGCCACAAACAAAUAACUAUUGAAACAGAGCGCACACAUUUCUUGAAGCAUUAUGCCAGAAAGUUGCUCCCUCAAUUCUCUUUCAGCAGCAGCUCACCUUUUUCCUCUACUUUCACGAGCAUGGUCAUUCAAUGCCUCGCAUGGGAUCCAACAAAGAGGCCCACUGCGCAUAAGCUUUUGUCACAUAAAUUCUUCCAGAAGAAGUUUCCCCGAUAUGAAGACGAUGGCAACUACUUCUACCAUCAUGUACUUGGUGAUCAAAUGAACAAUCUUACAAUUCAUGAUUAAGAAUUAUAGUUAGUCAUUGGUUGGAUAUUUGUACUUGAAUCUUUUAAUAAAGUACAAAUCAAUAGCUCAAUUAAUUGUUGCUUGCCAUUUUUACACCUGUAUGAGAAUUUGUUGAUGACUACAUUCCUUUAAUCUUAGAUAUAAAUAGGUAUUAAUUU